AUGGUUGAAUGCGAGAGAGAAACGGAAGAGGAGAAUCGAGUUGUGCAGGGCGGAGAUGACGACCUGAUGCACACAAUCUUGGGUUCAUCGUUGACGGUAUGUUUGGAAGAUGAUGACCAUGAUGGCGAUGACGACGAGUUUGUUAGACAAUCCUUCUCAUUUCAUGUUAAUGCUCCGAAUCUUGAAAAGCUUGUGCUCAAGAGUGUUACUUUGGGAAUAUAUAAUUUGGAGAAUGUGAAAUCCCUAGUCAGUGCUAGUAUCACUUUCGAUGACAUGUCUGCUACUGAUUUUCCAACUUUGUCAACUCGUGCAAGUUCUCUCCUGGCUGGAAUCUCCGGUGUCAAUUAUCUGUCUUUUUCAACUCUUUCUUUUGAAGUUGAGAAGGUUUCAAAUCUGCCAGAGGCUUUUAUUAAUUUGAAAAAAAUUGGACCUGCUCUUCAUGAAUGCAAUUACUGGGAGUUGCUGGCGGAUAAAACCGAAUGUGAUGAUGAACAUUCAGAGCUUGAAUGGAAUACACCAGAGGUUGUACCUGUGUGUUUGUCGUCACAACUAAAGACUAUCACUAUCAAAGGAUUCAAGGGACAGAGGGUUGAGAUGGGAGUGGCAAAGUACUUGUUAAACAAUGGUCAUGUAUUAAAUAAGUUGACACUUCAUACAGGGUUUCUGUAUACUGAAGCUGAGGAGAUGUACAAGGAGUUUCUGAUGUUUCGUAGGGCAAUGAGUUGUCAAGUUAAGUUUAUCAAUAUGUGA